AUGGAGUCUUCUACAUGUAAUAUCGACAAAGGUAGUGAUCGUGCAGAGCUACUAAAAAUGGCAAAGUUGAUAAUUUGGGAUGAAGCUCCAAUGGCACACAAAUUUUGUUUUGAAGCGUUUGAUAAAACCCUUAAAGACAUAAUGGGGCGUUCCAAUUGUUCUGACAAAUUAUUCAGAGGGAAAGUAAUUGUACUUGGUGGAGAUUUUCGCCAAAUAUUAUCGGUUGUACCAAGGGGCAGCCGUUCAGAUAUAAUACAUUCUACAAUAAAUUCAUCAUACAUCUGGGAUCAUUGUGUUGUGUUGAAGCUUACAAAGAACAUGCGACUCCAACAAGCCGUCAAUACUUCAAGUACAUCUGAAUUAGAAUUGUUUUCUAAUUGGAUAUUAAAAGUUGGCGAUGGGAAAUUGGAAGAACCUAACGAUGGUUACACGGAUAUUCCUAUUCCAAAUGAUUUCUUAAUUUCUAACUAUGAUGAUCCACUAGAAGCCAUUGUUAGAACAAUUGAAACGGUUGACAUCAUAAAUCAAUACGUUUUGGGAUUCAUACCAGGUGAAGAAAAGGAAUAUUUAAGUUCAGAUUCUGUAGACACUUUUGACGGUGAAGGAAAUGAAGCUUUUGAUGUUUUGACCCCGAAAUUUUUGAAUACACUUACAACUUCCGGUCUACCUAACCACAAGAUUAAAUUGAAGAUUGGGACCCCUAUUAUGUUGCUUCGAAACAUUGAUCAACCUGAAGGUCUCUGCAAUGGAACAAGGCUUAUAGUUACAAGAUUGGCAAACCAUGUUAUCGAGGCAAAGAUUAUAUCUGGAAAGAAUAUUGGAGGGGUUAUCUAUAUUCCAAGAAUGGAUAUGACUCCAACACAAUCUCCGUGGCCAUUCAAAAUGACUAGAAGGCAAUUUCCCAUAACUAUAUGUUAUGCUAUGACAAUUAACAAAUCUCAAGGUCAGUCAUUGGAUUAUGUUGGAUUGUAUUUGCCUAGAAGUGUAUUUAGUUAUGGUCAACUAUAUGUUGCAAUAUCAAGGGUCAAAAGCAAAAAAGAGCUUAAGAUAUUAAUCCAUGACAAGGAUAACCAUCCAUUGAAUUCUACAACAAAUGUCGUGUUCAAAGAAGGUAAUGAAUCAUCACUUCCUAAAAAGUUGCGGACAGGUUUUGUAUAA